AUGGGUGGCACCGCUGGGGGCCACAGGGCAGGGGGAAGCCUGCUGCUGCUGGGCUUGUGCUUCUGGAUGGCAGACUGGGCAGCCCCCAACCCUGUCGGGAACCUCACGGCUGAGAGCCAGACCAAUAGCUCCAUCACUCUGAGCUGGACCGUCCCCUCUGGUGGGAACCCCACGGACUACAUCUACUGGGUCCAGUGGACGGGACCAUUCAGCACUAAUGAAACCACAAACACAGCCAACACAAAGGAGACCACAUACACUGUGGAGAAUCUCAAGCCAGGGUCCCUCUACAAUAUCUCGGUGUGGACAGAGUCGAACGGUCAGAACAGCACAGCCGAGAACAUCUCGGUGGCCACAGCCCCCAACCAUGUGCAAGACCUCACAGUUGUGAGACAGAGCAACGACUCCAUCACCCUGACCUGGACCAGACCCACUGGCGGGGACACCGAGGACUAUACUUACUGGGUCCAGUGGAUGGGACCAGGGGGCACAAGUGAGACCAGAAACACGGCCAACAUCACGUACACCGUAGAGGGACUCGAGCCUGGGUCCCUGUAUACUUUCUCUGUGUGGGCAGAGUUGAAUGGUGUAAACAGCUCAGCCCAGAACAUCUCAGCGGCCACAGUCCCCAACCCUGUGGAGAACCUCACGACGGUGAGCCAGACCCCCAGCUCCAUCACCCUGAACUGGAACAUCUCCACUGACGGGGACACCACAAACUAUACCUACUGGGUCCAGUGGACAGGACCAGGGGGCACAAGUGAGACCAGAAACACGACCGACACCACAUACACGGCGGACAAACUCAAGCCUGGGUCCCUGUACAAUUUCUCAGUGUGGACAGAGUCGAACGGUCUGAACAGCUCAGCCCAGAACACCUCGGCGGCCACAGCCCCAAACCCUGUGGAGAACCUCAUGGCUGUAAACCAGACCAACAGCUCUGUCACCCUGAAUUGGUCCAUCCCCACUGGCGGGGACACCACGGACUAUACCUAUUGGGUCCAGUGGACAGGACCAUCAGUCACAAAUGAGACCAGAAAGACGGCUAACAUCACGUACACUGCAGACGGACUUGAGCCCGGGUCCCUGUACAAUUUCUCGGUGUGGGCAGAGUUGCACGGUCUGAACAGCCCCAUCGAGAACACCUCAGCAGCCUCAGGUGGGUCCACCUGGCCUCCGAGGUCCCUCACAUCCUCUCCUGCCCCAGUCCCCAAUGCAGUGACGUCUCUCAGGACCCAGGACCCGACCAACAGCUCAUUGACUGUGUUCUGGGGACGCCCUCUGGGCCCCCCGGAUCCUGCCUAUACCUACUGUGUGUCCUGGUACCUGGAGGGAGCGACCCCCACUCCCAGCUGCUCCUCAGAUGAUAAGGUGACACUGCAGGGACUGGACCCCGGGAGCGUGUACUCCGUGACUGUGAGGGCAGAGAGACACAGUCUCCAAAGUGAGGACAGGACAGUCACUGGGACCACAGCUCCCAAUGGGGUCUUGAGCCUCCGCAACGAGACCCAGACCAACCACUCGAUCACGCUGCGCUGGGAGGCCCCCCCGGACCCCCACUCUCAGCACUACACGUACCAGGUCCAGUGGGUCACUGGGGAGCACCCCCAGACGCAGGGGGAGACAACGGAGACGUCCUAUCGGGUGGACGGCCUCGAACCCGGGACUCCCUACAGCCUCAGAGUGUGGGCAGAGAGGGACAAGGUGGCCAGUUCGCACACGACUCUGGCAGCAAACACAGCCCCCAACCCCGUGGCCAUCGCCUCCUGCACCAGCGCCUGGGGGGGCUACGGGCUGGCCCUCAGCUGGGCCUGCCCCCGGGGCGGCUACGAGGCCUUCCUGCUGGAGCUGGGCGGGCAGCUGCACCGCGAGAACCGGUCCGCGUGCGACGCCGCCGUGGCAGUGGGGGGCCUGCAGCCGGCUCGCGCCUACGAGGCCCGCGUGUCCACCGUCUGGGCCGGGCUGGUGGCCCCCGGGGGCUCCGCGACCUGCCACACGUCCAGCGCAGGAGUGAUCGCCGGGUCCAUCCUGGGGGUGCUCCUAUUCCUUGUGCUGGUUGGGCUGCUGCUGUUCUUCCUGUGGCGCAGGCGACAGAGAGAGACACACCCCGCAGCUAAGAACGAGGUGUUCAGCUUCCACAAGGAAGUCCCGGCUGACCAAUUCCCCGAGUAUGUGCGAGAAAAGGAGAAGGACAGCAACUGGGGCUUCGCUGAGGAGUACCAGAUCUUAGACCAGGAGGAUCAGAACCGGCAGCCUCAGACUGUGGCCAUGGCCCCUGAGAACCAGAGCAAGAACCGGUACAAGAACGUGCUCCCUUAUGACUGGUCCCGGGUGCCCCUGAAGCCUUUGCCCGGGGAGCCGGGCUCUGACUACAUCAACGCCAGCUUCAUCCCUGGUCUCUGGAAGGCACAGGAGUUUAUCGCCACCCAGGGGCCCCUGCCCCAAACUGUGGGAGACUUCUGGCGCCUGGUGUGGGAGCAGCAGAGCCACACCCUGGUCAUGCUGACCAACUGCAUGGAGUCGGGCAGGGUGAAGUGUGAGCACUACUGGCCGCUGGACGCCACGCCCUGCACCCACGGGCACCUGCAAGUGACGCUGGAGAAGGAGGAGAAGAAGGACAACUGGACCAUCCGGGAUCUGAAGCUCAGACAUACACAGGAGCAGAAGACGCUGCAGGUGCGGCAGUUCCACUACCUGGCCUGGCCCGACCACGGCGUGCCGCCCUCCGCCGACCCGGUGCUGGCCUUCAGGAAGGUGGUCCGCGAGCGGCUGGACCAGUGCUCGGGGGACGGCACCCCCAUCGUGCACUGCAGCGCCGGGGUGGGCCGCACGGGCACCCUCAUCGCCCUGGACGUCCUGCUGCGACAGCUGGAGGGUGGCGACUCCGUGGGGCCCUUCAGCUUCGUGCAGAGGAUGCGGAGCAGCAGGCCGCUGAUGGUGCAGACCGAGGCCCAGUAUGUGUUCCUGCACCAUUGCCUCCUGCGCUUUCUGGAACAGUCGGGGAUCCACGACAAGGCCAAAGAACACCUGUAUGACGACUUGAUCUAUGAGAACAUAGGCGCCUUCUAGGCCCACAGAAGGGCCGACGCCAGUCCCGCACCCAUCUCCACCCAAACUCUGGGGCUUUGGGCACUGGGGUCUGUGUUCUUGAAUCUACAGAGAACCCCAAGUUCCCGUUGGGCUGCACCCGGGAAUCUCCAGAGCCUAGAUCCUGGGCCCUGAGAGAUGUUGGUCGAGAAGCUGGACUUCUUGCUC